GUAUAUUUUGUUGACAUUGCAGUAAAAAAAGACAUACCUAAACAUUGUAUUGAAUGAGAAAUUUAGAGAAAGCCAUUAAUUUGAGUGAAUUUAUGCACAGAUUUUACUACUAUUUCAGUUAGUAAAAAUGGACUUUGAAAGCCCUGACGUAGAAAAAGAUUUUCCCGGUUUAUACGCGUCGGAAACUGGCAGAAAAAGCAAUGAAAGUGAUUUCAGUGAUGGAGGGGACCACGAGAAACCAAGCAAGAAAGAUUUGCUUGGUCGCCGGAAAGAGAAGAAAGAGUCUAAAAAAGAUAGAGGAUAUGCAGCUUUAGAGGGAGAAAGUUCACCUGAAGAGGACACUGAUACCAAAAGUCCUUCAAAAUCAAAGAAAACAAAAUCAUUCAAAUUCCCGACUAAAAGUAGCAAGGAAAAGAGGGAGAAAUCACGAGAUAAGGAAAAAGUUCUAGAAGAAGCUGGAAAAAAGGAGCACAAUGAGAAAGAGAAGAAAAAAGAGAAGGAGAAGGAAAAGGAGCGAGAGAAGGAGAAAAAAGAAAAGGAGAAGAAAGAGAAAGAGAAGAAGGAGAAGAUGAAGGAAAAAGAUAAGGAAAAGGAAGAAAAGGCAAAAUUCAAACUGGAAUCGAAGGAAAAAUUAAAGGAUGAGAAAAAAGAGAAGACGAAGGAGAAAGAGAAAGAAAAGGUGAAGGAGAAAGAGAAGGAGAAAGUAAAAGAAAAGGACAAGGAUAAGAAGGACAAGAAACUAACAAAAGUGCCGUCGACGGUGACCUCUGGUGUGCCUUUUGAGGAAAUAUUUACUUUAGGAGUGGCUCUACCAAUCUUCGGCGUUCCACUUCAGCAGUCAGUAGAACGUUCGAGAUGUCACGACGACACGGGGCUGCCGCUAGUCGUGCGAGACAGCAUCGACUACUUGCAGGCACACGGCCUCAAAUCUACACAAAUCUACCGCGCCGAGGCGGACAAGAUAAAGCUGCAACAGCUACGCAAGCUGUUCACGGACCGGGGCCCCACCUUUCCUUACCACUGGGACGUGCCCGUCGCUUGCGCAAUGCUCAAGUCUUUUAUAAGUGAACUCCCCGAAUCUGUAUUGACACAGGAGCUUCACGGUCAAUUCGAGCAAGCGACGGCCAUUGCGGAGCCCCAGAGGGAAGCCGCUGUGGUCGCGUUGGUGACCAAACUGCCCGCGUGUAACCACAGCCUGUUGGGAUGGCUCGUGAGGCAUUUUGAGAGCGUCGUGGCCAAUGAACAGAUAAACCACGUGAACAUCCAAACGAUAUCGUCAGUGAUGGGGGCAGCACUCAACAUGUCAUUGAAUUUGCUCACAUAUCUCAUAACAAAAGCCGAUGUACUGUUUCCGGAUGUUCGACUUACAAAAUACGUGCCCCCACUACAAUCUCUGCCCGCGGACUUCCCCGAAACGGCAUCGGAACUGAGCGCGGAACUCCACAAGCAGGAGUCGCUGCUGAGUCAGAUCCACGCCGAGAUGCACGCGGGGUUCAUCACGCCCGCCCGCGACCAGCGGCUGUGGGAGGCGCAGCGGAUCGUCACGCAACUCAAGAGAAAACUGAGGGCGGUUCAGAAAUCGGUUGAGCCGAAUUCUCUUCCGCCACAACCUUCGGUCGACGAGAAACCAGAUGAAGAUGCUCGCAGAAACUCGCAACAGACAGACACACAGGCACAGCCAGUAAAACUACUGCCGCAGCCGUCUACCGAAGAGACAGUGGACUUAGCACGAAGAAACUCGCAACAAACAGACACACAGACGCAUGAAGAAGCUAAAAGUCUAAAAACUACUCCCGAUGCUUUCCAAGACGUAGUGGACUCGCCCAAACAGGGAGCGACAUUUGAAGCCGAAUUCGAAGACAAUUUCGACUUCAAACCAAAUGAAACUAAAAAAGUUGAACCAGAAACGCCCAUAGAGAAACCUAAAUUGACUGAUAAAGAAAUGAAAUUGCUAAGACUGCAGUUAGAAAACGCUGAAUAUUUGCAAUUGAAAUCUCUAUUGCAAGCGAAAAUCAAUUCCGAACAGUUUGAAAUUGUAAAACUUAGGAGUCAUGUCGCUUUGAAGAAUAAACAGGAAGGUGCACAGAAUAAAGAAAAUAAAGAGAAUUACACGACUGAAGAACAAGAACUGAGGCAAAGACUGAUGAAAGAGAACGCGCUAUUGGAACAGAAAAGGAUGGGGCUAAUAAAUCAGAUUUUCCAAGAGAGGGUCGCGUGUGUACAAUUAAAAAUCGAAUUGGCUAUGAAAGAGGUUCUCUCUAAGUCUUAAUUUUUAAAAUUGAAUGGUGCAAGAAUCACACACCUUGUUAUUAAGAGAACGUUUUACUCCAAACAAAACUUCAAAAGCACGACUGAAAAACUAUAGUCGUUAAUUGUAUUCAAAAGUGCAAUGGCAUUUAUAGUUGGUCACACUUGUGAUUUAAAAUAAAGAACAAUCACAUUUGGAUUAGUAAUUAGUUACUCUGUGUAAUUCUAUUCUCAUUAAUGUAUGUAAUUCUAGACUCAUUCCUUCUCACUCUCACCGCAUUCCCGGU